UGAAGAAUUAAUGGAUCGCCUCCAAAAGGAGGCUUUUGUCGCCCUAGUGAGAAGAGAGCAGGAGGAAGCUGAGCGGGAACGAAAGAAAGAAGAGGAAGAAAGGAGGAAGCAGAGAGAGGAGCAGCAGCGGAGAAAACGGAUGCUGGAGGCAGCCUUUGAAGGAGACGUGGAGGAGAUGAAGGCCAUUCUGAAAGAGGUGGCGGAUCUGGACACCAAGGCUGGCGUGGGGACGGAUGAGAAGGGGAAGGUAGUCCGGCUCCAGCAUCUCCUCAACAUGGUGGAUUGCACAGACGCCAACGGCAACACCCCCCUCUCUGAGGCCUCUGGAGGGGGCCACCCCGAAGCCAUCCAGAUGCUGAUAGAAAGCGGGGGCCAUCCCAACAGCAGGGGUGCCUUUAAUCGGACUCCUUUGUACCGAGCAGCCUUCGGAGGACACUUGGCAGCGGUGGAGCUGCUUCUACAGCAUGGGGCUGACCCUCGACUCUAUGCCGAUGAUGGCAACACACCAGAGCAGGUUGCUUCUCUGGACAGUGUGGUGGCUAUCCUGAAUGCUUGGGACGUAACUCUUACAGACACCAUGCUCCAAAAGAUGGAAGCUGAGCAGCAGCGGAGAGCCCAGCAGAAGCAGAGGCACAAGGAAGCCGAAGUGCGCCAGACCGCCGAAGCCGUGGAGCAGCUGGCCAAGGAGCACGAGAGAUGCAGCAGGGAGCUGCAGCAGGCCUACGCGGAGCUCAACCGACGGAUAACGGAGCACGACAAGUGCCAGCGGAAGCAGAUGGGGAACACAGAGCUGACCCUGCAUGCCGUGGCCGACGCAGAAGGGCUGGUGGAGAAGCUGCGCGUGGCUGCGGAGGCGGCCGAGGAGAAGCUGUCCCUGGUCCGCCUGAAGCUGCGAGAGCAAAUGCAGGAGGGGUCGCCCUCGGAGAUGCCAGGCCUCAAGUGCUCCGUGCAGGAACUGGAUGAUGUGCUGAUGAAAGACGUGGGUGGGAAAAUGCAGGCCGACGGACGGUGGCCCCUGAUCAUCGACCCCUCUGGGCAAGCAGCCAUUUUUCUGCGCUACCGUGACACCAACUACCUAAACACUGCUAAUCCCGCCGACAUGGCCGUGGAGGCCAUCCGCCUGGCCUUGCUGGGGUCCCUUCGCUAUGGGAAGCCUCUGGUCUUUGACAUGAUGGAACUGGACAUGUUUGACACAGUGAAAAAGCAGCUGGAACGGCUGGAGACGGGCCUCACUCAGGCUCUGCUAAGCAAGAAGAUCCUGGAGAGUGAGAGGUAUCACUCCUUACUGAGGCCAACAGACGGACCAGAAUAUGCAGAGACGGAAUUUCAAGUUGCUCGGAUGGAGAAGUUCAGGCUCUUUGUCCUCACCAAGCGCCAUCACCCCCCUGAAGAGCUGCUGCAGGCCUUCCUCCCUGUCCAGGUCCUCCUGUCCGGAAAAGCCAGGCGAAAGCGGAGCUUCAGAAGACACCCCCCCCUUCCCCAAGCGGCUCCUGCCAGGACCGUCUGCUGAUUGGGAGGGAGGAGCCCAGGUGUCCUUACCUUUGCAGACCAUCCCAUCAAUAAAGAGCAUCAAUAAAGAGUUGUUCCGUUGAGAAGUCCCAAGGUGGCCUCUCUCUGAGCCUUUCCCCCCAAGCCCCCGAUGGUCCCUGUGCCACCACAUGCUGAACGGGCAGGCGGCCGCUUCAGUCUUUUCUGUAAGGGCGCAGCGGAAGGAGCAGCCAGAAUGACUGCCUAGCCCAUGUGCAGCUGACACAAAACCCCCAGAGGCAGGAGGCAGCCAUUUCUGCAGGUUCCAGAGGUAGCCUAAAGGAGACCCCCACACACACACACACACGUGCACACUCACAGCGGCAGGGCAGCCGCUACCCGUCUCGGGAACUUCCAAAUAAGCAGCACUUACUUCAAACCAGGUGGUGAGGAGCCUCGUCCUUUGGGGCUGCAGCCAGAGAAACGCCAUUUCCCAGGAAGUCACAAUUCCACGCUAUUCUGCAGGAAACCUGGAACUCCACUGUUCCCAUUUAGAGUAGAAUAACAGAGUUGGAAAGGACCUUGGAGGUCUUCUAGUCCAACCCCCUGCUUAGG